AUGAAGCGUGCACAGAUGCGGAAAAGAUUCUCUGCUAUCGUUUUGAACAGCAUAGCCACGUUGGCGCUUCAACUCGCUAUCAUCAGUGAUGCAUCGGUGUUAAAUCUUCGCAUAUUUAUGAAUGAAAUGGAAUUUAUGGCACUUUCUGUUGCUCGAGAAGUGGAAAACAUCUAUGCCGACAGGUGCAGUCGCCUCUCCUCUUGCGUAUCUUUUCACGAGUGUAAAUCUGCAUUUAAUGAGGCCACGAAGGAGUGCAGGACGGACUACGUCGCGGACUGCAGAGAUGUGGAGGGCAGCGGAUGUGGAAAGACUUAUGAUUUUUAUCAAACAAACGUACGGAUCCCUUCACAGCUCUUGAACGCACAAACAAGCCAACCAGAAGAUCCGCAUUUGAAAGAGGACUUAUGCUAUUCUAACACCAUGACAGAAACGUUCAGGAGUGCAGCUAUAGAUUUACAGAAAACUUCGGAUAAAAUUUUGCAACCCCCACAAACGUUCUUUGGCACUUCAAAUGGGAUGUUCAGGAUAUGGCCUGCACAGCACUCUGAGGUUUGCGGCAUCAUGGAUACGAGGAUUCGACCGUGGUUUGUUGCUGCGUCUAGUGGACCAAAGGACGUCGUCAUCGUCAUCGACAAAUCGGGAUCAAUGGCUGUUCAAAAUCGAUGGAAUCUCGCGAUCAAUGCGGCAAAGUCCGUAAUCGAUACACUCACUAUUGGAGACCACUUUAGCGUUGUGCUUUUCUCAGAUACUGCUGAAACUCUGGGUUUCCCAACCCUCAUGAGAGCGACGGCAGAAAAUAAAGAAGCGGUACUGAAAGCGUUGGAUCAAUCAAUCCAUAUAGGUACGACAAAUUAUGGGGCGGCAUUUGACAAGGCAUUCGAUUUGUUUGAAUUGAGUGAAACGACUGAAAUAAGUUCAAAUUGUCACCGCGCAAUUCUGUUCUUAUCUGAUGGUAAACCUACGGUUGCGGAUGACAGCAAAACUGGAACUGAACUUUACACACAUAUAGCUGAGAAGAACAUUUUCGAUGCGACGAUUUUUUCGUACGCUCUCGGUGAGAGUGCGGAUAAGGAAGCUUUAAAAAAUAUCGCGUGUACUUCCGGUGGUAUAUAUGCCAAUAUUCCGGACAACGGCGAUCUGGUACAGCAGAUGUCGGCAUACUAUAAGAUGUAUGCAAUUUUGCAAGGUGGUUCUGAAAAUAUGAAUUUUACAACUUGGGUGGAGCCUUAUUUAUAUUCAUCCGGGGUCAUGGGUACAACUGUAUCGACACCCGUUUUUGAUCGUUCUAAAGAUACGCCACUAUGGAUCGGUGUUGUUGGUGUCGACUUUACAAUUUCUGAACUUGAAGAAGCUGUUGGCGGUACAGAUAGUUACCAAGCUGUCCUGGAUGAGCUCGUUGCUGCGUCAACUGCAACAUGUCCAAACAUAACCAAAAAUUCUGAGCAACGAAUUUGUCUGAUUGAAGCGUUACGUCGUGAUGACAGCUCCGAAUGUCAUUCGAGUGAUUCUUCUUACUCCCCAAGCUGCUCGCUUCAAACAGUUACUCCAGAGUUGUGUUCAGAGGUAAGCCUUCCAAGUAUGUUUUGGGAGAACGCAAAUACGCAGGAUUACAAAUCUCGAGGGUGUUGUAGUGAUGGAGCUGGAGUUUGUACCGAAGCUUCGGCAGAGAGCGAUAAUAAAUCCUCCAGUUCUACCGGAUUGCCUUCUGAUAUUCUUGGCAUCGGUAUAGGCUUAUCACUCCCAGCCAUAAUUUUAGGAUUUCUCAAAUGCGUUGCUCCAAAUGUUGGUCGUCGAUGUCUAAAGGUUUGCGGUUGUGAAAACUGCGCAAAGUUUCUUUUCCCAGAUGCGCGCGAAAAUACAAAGCAUAUCUCUCAAAAUACUGGCCAAAUCGAAUCAAACAAAGCAGAGUUAGUGGUUCAGAAAAAUGAACUGGAGACGUUCAUAAAAGCUCAAAGACUACCGCGGCUUGUCGAUAUCACACCAGAUCUUUUAGAAGGUUCUGUGAACAUAGAUGAUGAAGGUGAUGUUCUCGGUCGAGGUGGAUAUGGUGUUGUGUAUAGAGCCCAUUACAAGAAAAAAAUAUCCGAGUACCCUUUCGAGCAAAGAUUGCAAGUUGCGGUGAAAUGCUUAUUCUACGAUCAAUCUCAACAAAGUGUACCACAUCUACCGAAUGAUGUUGCGAAUCGUGUAAAGAAGGAAGCGAAAAUUCUCUGCUCUUUGAAUCACCCAAACAUUAUAAAAAUUUAUGGCGUCGUUUCGCAUAAAGGUUGGCUUGUUAUGGAAUUAUGUGGAUUAGGAUCAGUGAAAUCAUGUAUACGAAAUUCUCAAAGGUUACCACCAGAGCAAUUACUUCGCAUAGCAAAUGACAUUGCAUGUGGUGUCAGCUACUUGCACGAUCUUUCAAUCUCAAUCAUUCAUGGAGAUUUAAAGUUAGAUAACGUGCUUUUACGCGAUGAUGGAUCAGCUGUUCUGUGCGAUUUUGGGAUGUCUGAGGCUAAAAAUCGUUCCAAGACGAUGACGAGAGCGGUACCGGAGAACGCAAAAGUCACCAUGCAAUGGACUGCUCCAGAAUUGUUUCAAGGUCAACAAAAAACAGUAUCGUCCGACAUAUAUGCCCUGGGUGUUACACUUUAUGAGUUAUUCGAGGAUAGAGAACCUUUUGAAGGAUUUUCUGAUGCACUCAUCAUGCACAAUGUGAUUAAUGGAGCGCGACCAACACUCGCACACACACCAGUCGAAAUACAAAAUUUGAUCACUGCCGCAUGGGAUCAAUCGCCGAAACUCAGGCCAAGCGCGGCACAGAUUGCAUGCUUACUUGCAAAGUAUUGA